AUGGCGCAAAUACUGGCUACGCGCACCGGCACAUGUGGAACAGAAAACGAGAAUACCGCAUCUUCCGAGUCGAUGAAGCUCAAAUUAGAGACACAAAGCUCAGAAGUUUUGAAAAACUGCUUCUCACUUAUCAAUACACUCCGGAAGCGCGUGAUAUUGCGAUUCAGUCCUGAACAACUUCUCGCCAUACUGAUUAACGAUUCAUCGUUAAAUCAAGAGCCGCAAAUAUGGUGUAAAUUUCCCAUGAGAAACAUCUUUCUGAGGAUCGAAAUACAGAGUCUUCGAGACAACUGGAUACUGCUUGAGAUUAAUAUUGAACUUUUUCUUCAAGCAUUGCGGAAUUUUGACAAGGCCAGCAGUACUGAACUAAAGAUUCGGCUUCAGAAGAAGGAGGGUCAGAAAAGCUCUGGGAGUGCUUACUUGGCGCUACAAUACUCAGAUAUCACUGAAAACUCAAGUACGAUCAAUCAUGUUUUCAGAAUCCCUGUGAGAAUCCUCAAGGAAGCUGCGGGACUAUUGAAAGAACCCGUGCUUCCAAGAAUUGAUCUCAUGAUAAAACUUCCUAAUGAGUUUUUUGCCACCUAUCGGCGGCUAGAAAGGUUUAAGAAUUCAACGGCACACGAAAAAAUGACAAUAAGCGCAAGCCAGAGGAAUGGAGGAACGUUGAAAUUUGUGCUACAAGAAGCAGAUAGCUGUAAUACUACCAUUAAAUGGAAUGGCAGGCUCGAUAUCCAAGUACCACCUUCGGACUCGGAAUACGAUAGUUUGCGAGCUGCUGCGCUACAGGAAAGCCCCAGCAAGAAUCAUGAAGAUAGGUCUGCGAUUGGUGUUGACGUGACGGUGAACCUCAAGGAAUGGUGCCUGACAGCCAAAAUCGUUGGUACCUGCCAAACCGUAAUACUCUUUAUCUGCGACAAUAAUGCUUGCGCAAUUCAUUGCCUACUUGAUGAAACCGACGAUGCUGAAAUUAUUUAUUACAUAAGCGGGAUUCGCCAAGCUGAACCCUAUUCUGACUGA